ACAUCAUCGUCCAUGAUUAGAUGCAAGAUAAGUAGCCGACGUAGAGUCAGUAGGCAUUUAUUCUUCAACGUAUCCGAGACACAAAAUUGAAGAAAUCCCAGAGCAGGCUUAAUGAUUGCGCAUCGAAAUGUCCAGUUUCUCGUAACGAGGAAGAUGUCGAUGUAAGAGGGGCACGCCUCGAGGUAUAACGAUAAAUUCCACCACGAAGAGUCUUCAUGUAUGGAGAAUUUGCCCAGAAGUCAAACCCGUCCACUGUGCCCUGCCUUCGAGAAUGAGCAUCCCGAUUGGUCACCAAGAGUCGCAAACACGUUUUGCAUAAUUUCUAUCUUGUUGACUGGCGAUUGUAAGGUCGGCCGGUGUUUAUAAAUUCUUGCCCCUUGGAAUAUUCCCGUACUUCGGGAAGAGACACCCACGGACACCAUGAGAGACGAUCUGAAGUAUCUAACCGGAUUCGGCUGCGAAUUCGCCAGUGAAGACGAAAGAUGUCCUGGAGCACUUCCGGUCGGCCAGAAUAAUCCACAAAAGUGUCCUUACGGAUUGUAUGCAGAACAAUUGUCCGGUACCGCGUUCACUGCACCCCGCGCCGAGAAUCGAAGAUCUUGGCUUUAUCGUAUAAAGCCUUCCGUAUGCCAUGAACCUUUCGAAAAGCUGAAUUUGGAAAAUUCUCAUCUGAGUCACGACUGGGACAAGAUAGAGCCAAACCCUAAUCAGCUACGAUGGAAAGCUUUCGACGUUCCGACUCGUCAAGACCCAGAAGUGGAUUUUCUUGAAGGUUUGCAUACAAUUUGCGGUACAGGGAAUCCCAGACUUCGCCAUGGAAUUGCAAUUCACGUAUAUCUGUGCAACGCUUCAAUGAAGGACAAGGCAUUCUACAAUGCAGACGGGGACUUCCUAAUCGUGCCGCAGCUGGGAGCUUUGCAAAUAACCACGGAAUUCGGUAAAUUACGGUGCGAGCCGAACGAGAUAUGUGUCAUCCAGCAAGGAAUGCGAUUUUCGAUAACGGUCUUUGGCCCAUCAAGAGGCUAUAUUUUGGAAGUUUUCGACAAUCACUUCCAAUUACCGAAUCUGGGCCCGAUAGGAGCUAAUGGCCUCGCAAACCCGAGAGACUUCCAGACACCUGUAGCUUGGUACGAGGACCGAGAAACGAAGUUUAAGGUCGUAUCCAAAUACCAAGGGAAGCUUUUCAUCGCCAAUCAGGAUCACAGCCCAUUUAACGUCGUUGCCUGGCACGGAAAUUAUGUUCCUUAUAAAUAUGACCUCGAUCGGUUCAUGGCCGUCAACUCUGUGACUUUUGAUCAUUGCGAUCCCUCCAUCUUUACGGUGCUAACUUGUCCAUCGAAUAAACCUGGGACAGCAAUCGCGGAUUUUGUGAUUUUCCCACCAAGAUGGUCGGUUCAGGAACACACGUUCCGACCUCCUUAUUACCACAGAAACUGCAUGAGCGAAUUUAUGGGGCUCAUAAAGGGCCGGUACGAGGCGAAAGAGGAAGGAUUCCAGCCAGGAGGUGCAUCCUUGCACUCGAUAAUGACUCCACACGGUCCCGAUGCGAAUUGUUUCGAAGCUGCUUCCUCUGUUAACCUGAAACCAGAACGAGUAGCCGAUGGCACGCAAGCCUUCAUGUUCGAAUCAUCUCUAAGCCUUGCCAUAACGGAAUGGGCAGAAAUUCGCAGUCAAAAGUUGGACAAGGACUAUUACCGUUGCUGGGAAGGACUGAGGAAGCACUUCAACCCCUCCGACAAGCCCUCCUAAAAAUUCAAACUCGCAAAUCAGGGAUAUAAUCACUUAAAUACUCACUUUACAAUUUUUCUAACGAGAUAGGUCUAUACAUACCUGGUGAAGAAAAUAAAGUACGCAUUAU